AUGGUCAUCAUUGCCUUGAUCCAGACAAACCAUCACCUCCACAAGCCCAUGUAUUUCUUCCUCAGUCACCUCUCCUUCCUGGAAGCCUGGUACAUCUCAGUCACCAUCCCCAAACUGCUGGUGAAUUUCCUGGUGGAGAACAAGAGCAUCUCCUUUGUGGGAUGCAUGACCCAACUCUACUUCUUCAGCUCCCUCUUAUGCACUGAGUGUGUCCUGCUGGCUUCCAUGGCCUACGACCUCUAUGUGGCCAUCUGCAACCCACUGCAUUACCCGGCCAUCAUGACCCACCAGUUCUGCCUGCAGCUGGCAGCUGUCUCCUGGGUAAGUGGCUUCUCCAUCUCCAUGGUCAAGGUGUCCUUCAUCUCGCAACUGAUGUUUUGCAGACCGGGGAUCAUCAACCAUUUCUUCUGCGACAUCUCCCCGGUGCUGAACCUGGCCUGCACCGACAUGUCACUAGCAGAGACGGUGGACUUUGUGCUAGCCUUGAUCAUCCUGAUGGUCCCGCUCUCUGUGACCAUUGUCUCCUACCUGUGCAUCAUUGUCACCAUCCUGCACCUCCCCACUGUCCAGGGGAGGAAGAAAGCCUUCUCCACCUGCGCCUCCCACCUCACUGUGGUCAUCAUCUUCUUCUCAACCUCCCUCUUCAUGUAUGCCCGGCCCAAGUAG